AUGUAUGCCGGCGUGAAGUUUGUCUCCACACCUUCUUUGAUCCGUGCUGGGUUCAGAGCUCUGUACAGACCAAUUUCUGCAUCAGUGUUGUCUCGGCCAGAAGUUAGAACUGGAGAGGGAAAUGCUACACUCCUCAGUAGGGCUCCAAACCCCUUCACACAGUUGGCACUGAGGGAAUUCCAGACCUCUGCAAUCAGCAGAGACACUGAAACUGCUGCAAAGUUUAUUGGUGCUGGUGUUGCCAUAGUCACAGUGGCUGGCUGUGGUGCUGGUAUUUUAACAGUUUUUGGCAGCCUCUUUAUUGGUUAUGCCAGAAAUCCAUCACUGAACCAGCAGUUGUUCUCUUAUGCCAUCCUGGGAUUUGCCCUAUCUGGAGCUAUGGGUCUCUUCUGUUUGAUGGUUGCUUUUCCGAUCUUGUUUGCCAUGUGAAUGAAGAACAUGUUGGCAUUUGAGAAAUCAACUGUAAUAAAUAUUUUACUGUGGCUCCCAAGGAAUGUUGUUGUUGUGGAAAUGUACAAUAUUCCCAAAGUCCUUUCAUUAAAAAUAGUAAAACUUUAAUUAUA